AUGAAUAAGUUUUUAUUGCUCUCCUUAAUUAUUUCAAUUUCUUUAGCUUCUCUUGAUGAUUAAGAUCUCAUCUAGAAAUAUUCAAUCAAAAUUCAUGAAAGAGGCAGCAAUUCUAAUUAUCCAGAGAAGGGUGACACAGUAAAGGUUCAUUAUACUGUAUUAUUGUAUAUAUACAUUAGGGUAAAUUACUUGAUGGCACUAAAUUUGAUAGUAGCAAGGAUAGAAAUUAACCAUUUGAAUUUAAAGUAGGAAUUGGUUAAGUCAUUAAAUGUUGGGAUGAGGUUGUUUUAAAUUUAACACUUGGUGAUAAAGUUACAGUUAUAUGCCCAUCUGCCACAGCAUAUGGAAACAGAGGAGCAGGUAGAGUCAUUCCACCAAAUUCAGAUUUAUAAUUUGACAUUGAAAUGCUUGGAUUUAGAGAUUAAGAAUUAUGAGC